AUGGAUUCACCUGAUCUCGGAGUUCAAUUUGUGCCCACUCGGCGAUUUGACACUUACCCUGCCAUUGACCCGGCCAAAGCCAAUCUCAAGGACAAAGUUGUCCUCAUUACGGGGGCAUCGAGGGGCAUCGGAAAAGUGAUCGCUACCUCUUUCACACAGGCAGGGGUGUCCGGCCUUAUCCUUCUGGCCCGCUCCGACCUCACCGAUACGAAAUCCGCAUGUGAGGCGGCCAAGCGUCCAGGACAGUCGCUCAAGGUGCUGACUAUUACUGCCGAUACGAGCAGGCCAGAGCAAAUAUCCUCGGCAUUUGAAAAAAUCAGAGAAACUUUUGAACGACUCGAUAUCGUGGUCAACAACGCAGGUUAUCUCGCAGAAUACGACCUCAUCGCCGACUCCGAUCUAGAUCAGGUCUGGCAGACAUGGGCUGUCAACAUGUUGGGUACGUACGCGAUGACGCGUGCGGCCUUGCCAUGGCUUAUUGAGAGCGGCGGGGACAAGACGAUAGUCAAUGUCGGGAGUCUUGCUGGGUUGAUGAAACUCCCAAAACUCUCCGCUUAUAACACAUCUAAACUUGCACUAUUGCGGUUUACAGAGCUUACCAUGGUAGAAUAUGGAGAUAAGGGUGUCCUAGCGCACUUUGUUCAUCCUGGUUUGAUCGAUACAGGCAUGGCCGCUAAAGUACCUUUCCGCGCGAGGGGCGGGGGCAUUCCUCCAUAUGAUACCCCCGAACUUGCCGCGCAUACCAUAGUCUGGCUUGUGAGCGAGAGAAGGGACUGGCUAGCCGGGCGCUACGUCAGCGCCCAGUGGGACAUGGAGGAACUGUCCGCAAAGGAGCAGGAGAUUGUGGACGGCGACAAGUUGAAGGUAAAGAUGGUUGUAUAG